AUAAAAAGUGGAGAACCGCGUAGUCUGAAAGAGAAAAUCUCGGGUGUGGCAUGCAAAAGCUAAGUUUAUAAACCAAGUACAUGUUUUACUAAAUUAUACCGUUGCUACCAGCAUCAUUCAUUACUCAUGCAGUCAACAUCUGUACACCGCGCUACGGCCUGAUGAGUUUAAUGGAAGCACGAGUUUCACAACAACCACAUGUUCUUAUGGAGCAUUUGUUUAUCAUCAUUAACCGGGCGCUGAUUAUCCUGUAUAAUUUUUUAUGAUUUAAUAUGACCGUUUUUACCCUCCUCCUGUUAUUACUGCGGCUGGAUUAUUGGGUGGACGCCGGGUGUAGUCAUCUGCCGUCGGGAGCGUGUUUCGUGGAUUGUACACGCACCGACACCAAUGUGUAUAUUGUCGUUUGUGAGGCGGUGGACGGGAACCAGUUGCAGACGGAUUUGGAUCUCUUUGCCGGGCUGAAUGUCUCCUUUCAUCUGCAUCUGUGGAAUGCGCCGGGGAUCGAAAGGCUGGGUGGAACGAGUUUCCUGACCGUGGAACGGCUGAUGAUUGAAAUGCAGAUGCAGAAUGUGGAGAAUCUGCAAAUGUUCCCGGAAGUGAAGGCGCUCAAGGCAUUGAAGCAAAUCACCAUACAAAAUGCACCGAAACUGCUGCAUUUCGCGCUGGAGCUCGUCCCACCGAGUGUGGAACGCAUCGAUCUGCAUCAGACCGGUAUCGCAGAGUUCUACGCCGAUUACUGUCUGGCGAACCAGUUCCCCAACAUGAAGCGUUUCCGUCUUUCUGGCCAGACAUUUCGGCUGUUAGACCGCUACUUUACCGCCUUCCCCAAUCUUGAGAUCAUCGAAGUGCUCGACUGUCACAUUGACGUCGGGCACCUGACCACUAAUCCAAUGCCGUUUCUUACGAUCAAACCGCUAAAACGGCUGCUCAUCUCCAACAACACCUUCCACUCACCCGACCUCAAUUUCUAUAAUGCCAUCUUCCACCACAUUGUCAGCGGUCUGAUAGUGGACGAAAACAGCGACAUUGAGAUCUCGGGCAACGCGUUUCCUAUUGGGAAACAGGGCCUGAAGAACUUUGACCGGCUGGCCAAGGUCCGCCGUCUGUCGUUGCGCGGCAGCCAUUUUGAGAACUACAAUACUCUGGAGAACCUGUUUGUUAACUUCCGGAAUUUGGUGGACCUGGAUCUCGGCUUUACGAAUCUGCCGGUGUUUAAAUCCGGGAUCUUCCGCGGACUACCGAAAUUGGAGACCCUGAAGAUCGACGGGAAUAACAUCCGAGACACCGAGGACCGGGAGCUGUUCGAGGGUUUAGCCGCCAACAAUUUCUCCAACCUGGAUGUCUCCGACAAUCAGUUGGAUGGGCAGAUUAAAGGGUAUGAGAACUGGGCGAAGAACCUACUGUCGUUUGAUUUAGCCGGGAACGGAAUCUCCAAGUCCUUGUUUGUGAAUCGCGGCAAGUACUUUGCGAAACUGCGCCGCGUUAGCCAGGCGCGGAAUCGACGGACCCAGGUUGCUUCAGCGGAUUAUCAAGUUAUGAAAGAGCUGGAGGUUCUGGAUUUCGGCUGUAAUGAGUUUCGGAACAUUACCAAGGGCUUCUUCAAUAAGUUACCGGCGUCGCUCAAGACAUACAACUUGUCCUUUUGCCAGCGGCAGGAAUCCAAUCGCGUGAUUGUAGCGGAGGAUGCGUUUACAGAGUUCCCACCAAUUCAGGAGCUGUACAUUGAUGGAGCGUUCCUCCGGGCCAAUAUCUUCAAAAAGCUUCAGAAAAUGUCAGCCAAGAGCGCGCAGGCUCUGAAGACCCUCCACUUAGCGCGCAACAAAAUCGCCUACCUUCACGGCCGCGGCAAGUACUUCACCCCUUUCACCGAACUGGAGUAUCUGGAUCUCCACGACAACCGUCUCCAGUCCACCGGCGCAGAGGCCUUCUCUCCUUUGAAACGCCUGCGACAGUUGAAUCUGGCCAAUAACGGCUUGUUCUCCAUUGGUACCAAGGACUUCAUCGGACUGGACAGCCUGGAAGACCUGAACCUCUCCGGCAACCGUCUGCUCUUAAUUUCGCCGGGUUCCUUCGAUAUGCUACCCCACCUGCACGCUCUCUUCCUGCACGACAACAAUCUCCCGGAGACGGUUGUGCCCAGCGAUGUCUUUGGCGAUGGAAAAGGUCGUAAUCUGACGCACUUAAGCAUUGGUAAUCUGGCACUGCGCUGUCUUGAUCCGUCGUUGUUCACCUUUUUCCGCAAUCUGAAAUGGAUCUACCUGAACGAUUCGAUUCCGCUCUUCGUCGACAUGGAUCCGCAACUGAAUGUCGCUCAGCAACUGCAAAACAUCCGCCUGCAUCCCUGGGCGGGACUGCAGAUGUGUGAUGACGCUGAUGAUUACGAUGAACCGACGGAUUUGGAGGAAUCGUUUGUGCGGGUGUCGGUUAGUGAUCCCAAGCAGGCGGUCUAUCAGGAUUUAUACCUCCAUUUUAACGAUUGCUUCUAUCCGCAAUCGCGGAAUAUAAAAGAGAAAGUACGAGACACACUUUGUGUCAACUGAGCUCAAGAAUUUGAGUACUACGUAACCAGUUAUAUUUAAAACAUUUCUGGAAUACAGCAGUGUAUGUAUAAGUGAAUUCUUGGCAGUUGUGAUAUGGCAAUCUCGGAAAAGAAAUUAUUUAUUAAACGC